AAGAAGUGUCACACUUAGAAGAAACUUGAAAUGAAAGUUCUGAUCCUCUUUAUCGCUUCGAUUUUCAUAGUCGGGGCCAGUGUAGGCCCCGGCAAUAGUCAAUACGCUAGCCAUGACCGCCGCUUAAGUGACCCUUACGGUCUCUAUAUUAAUAGAACUCCGAAUUAUUCAAAAACUCUCCAUAAUAGUCCUGGGCCUUUCAGCAAUGGUUUUCGAGGCAGACGUUUCCCCAGAAGCAAGACCUUGAAACCUGCAGCAAACGAUGGAAAACUUUUGGAUAUCAAAAACCAAUUUUCGCGCGAGGGCUUCUUUGGUGAUUAUUUUUAUUCGGGCACUGUCCAAGCUGGAGAGCUGGAAAAGUGAAAAUUCUUUGAGGCGAGAAAAGGGUUUGCAUACGAUGGACCGCUGGGUAACACACA